CGAAGUCACAUUAUAAACAAAUAAAGAUAUAAAAUAAAUAAUCGCACCUAAUUUCAAUUAAAUAAUCAAUUUAAAAGUCAAUUUAAAUUCCAAAUUAAUAACUUUCUUAAACUUAAUUUAUCAAUUAAUCAAAAUCUGAAUUUCUAAAACAUCAAAAUGUCCUGGCUACAGACUGGCCUGUCCAGUUUAACAGGACAGCUCGGAAAUUUUACGAGGGAGGUGCUGACCGAAGGCACUGAAGAAGUUGACGAUUUAGGAACGGAGUUAAAGUUGAUGCGAAGUCGAAAUAAUGAACUUGAAACACUAAAUGCAGCCCUUAAAAAAGAGGUGGAGCAGCUGAAAGAGCAUAUAGAGAACCAAGCGUUGCAGUUAGAGUCGAAAGAACUUCAACUACACCACAUCAUUUCAGAGUACAGGGACAAGCUAACUGAAAAGGAGAGAGAAUGUAUGAAACUGAAAGAGAAAGAAAUACAGCUAACAGAAGCACUCCACCAUCAUUCUCAUCACCAUCAUCGAGAAUCUGAAUCAUCACAGAAUUCGAAUUGUGAAUUAGGCAUUGGUGAUGACAGUAGUGAAGAUGUCUUCUUCCUCCAGCACAAAGUCUCAAGCCUCUCUGAGAAGAUUAAAAAACUCGAAACUGAACUACAAAAAUACAAAGACAAAGCAACAUCAGUCGUUGGUUACAACGGUAGUAGCGGUAUUACUACAAAUACUACUACUACUACUACUACUACUGCUACUGCUGCCUUAGAUGGUGAUAGUAACAAUAGUGGCAGUAGGAUUGGCAGUAGUAAUGAUAGUAAUACCAAACACCUCGAGGAAACCAUGUGCAAUCAUUUAAACCACCAUCAGCAAGAACUGGCCUCUCUUCAAAACACUCACAGCCAGAAUUUGGCCUCGUUAAAACGCCACUACGGAAACAUAAUUGAUGAACUGAAUGAAAGGAUAAAGGAGUUAGUGACGAACGAAAGGAAUGCGAACAGUGAAGGAGGAAAAAAAACGAAUAAAAAAGAAAAUGAUAGUAAUGAUGAUGAUGAUGAUGGCGAGGGCAGUACUAGUAACGAUCCCAGCAACACAGACGUUAAAAAUGAACAAAAUGUUGAGCGAGAAACAGCGGAAACAACUACUACCUCUUCAAAUGCAGUCAACCAACCUACCACAACUACCACCCAAAACGACUUCAACAUUAGUAGCGGCAGCAGCAGCAGUAGCAGCAGCAGCAAACAAACAAACAACGACAGCAGCAGCAUUAUUUCAUCACUGCAGAAUAAGCUGGAAGAUUUAGAGGCACGCAAUAAGAAAUUGGAACAUGAUUGGGCCCAGGUGCACGCUGUAGAUAGGAAGAAGACUCAGAUGAUUGAGAAACUUCAGUCGGAGUUAGAUCUGACUGAAAAACUGCGGAUAGAAUCAACGCAGCGAGACGAUGCGGAUAAGGAGUUCGAGGCACUUCUUGAGGAGAACAGGGCGCUGAUGGAGCAACUGUCGCAGAUGAAAAUAAAAAUGAAGGAACUCAACAAUUCUGAACAGCUGAAGGAGGCCCAUCUGAAACGACUGCAACAACAACUACUUGAUCAACAACAGCAACUUGAUGAGCAACAGAAACUUGAGCGACAGCAGCAGCAGCUGCAGCAGGAAGCAGACAUCAUCUCAACAGCUAACGAAAGCAACAAAGAUUUAAACGAGUAUCAAACUCAGAUAAUUCAACUAAAGAACGAUUUAAUGUCUGUAGAGAACGAAAGAUUCAGUGAAUCUGAAGCAUUCAACCAAUCAAUCAGCCAACUUCAAUCAGAGGUUGAACGGUUGAUUGAUGAAAACGAAACUCUCAAUCGAUCAAUUACAGAACUCAAAGACACAUCUGGCAUCGAAAUAGCUGAUCUGAAAGCUCAGCUAAACAUGUCUAACAAGAAAUGCGCCGAUGUUGAGCUGCAGUUAGCCGAGACUUCAGAGCUGUAUGCAGAGUGUCGGAAGAUAAAGGAGAACAUCGAGUUGGUGCUGGCCGCCGAGAGGAAAGAUAGGGAGGUUGGCGCUGUUGUCGAGAGGGAGCUCUUGAAGCAGAAAUCAACUGAGUUAGAGAAAAGUUUGCAGCAGGCAAUCCUCGAAGCUGAUAAAAGUAAGAGCAAACUGAUUGAGAUCACUGAAGAGAAUACGAAACUCCUGGAAGAAGUUGAACUGUUGAGGAUGAAAAAAUCUGUUGAUGUUGAUGCUCUUGAAAAUGAUGGUGACGGUCGACGCGAAAAUGUUGAAAAACUCGAAGCUGAAAUGAAAGUGUUAAGGAAAAAAGUAGAGCAGUUGGAAAGGGAAGAUUCCCAGAAGCUCUCAGAUAUGAAAAUGAAAUUUGAAACUCUAAAAAACGUCAACAAACAAUUAGAAAUGGACAACAAAACUUUAAAAUCUUCGAACGACAGCAUGCAACAACAUCUCCAACAACUGCAACAGAAACAUUCCCCAGUGAGAUCACCCGUCAACAACAACACACCCGUUGUUGUUGUUGACGACGACAUUUCGACACAGUUAACACAGAUCUCAACGUUGAAUUCAACAGUUGCCAGGCAAGAAGAUGUCAUAAAAACGUUGAAUGACAAGUACAACAACAUCCUCCGCUUGCUACAGAGCAAAUCUUUGGAACAGUUCGGCAACGAACAAGUGCUCAUGAACUUGCAUCAGCUGCAGAUAGAGAUUGACAGCCAUCACCAAGAGAAGGAUCACAUCAUGUCGAUAUUAAACGACAAAUCGCGAGAGAACAGCAAUCUAAAAUUGGAGGUUCACAGCCUCAUGAGCGCUCUUUCAGCUAGCAAAGCAGCCUUCAGCAAGCAGCAACAGCAGCAGCUGCUGCCACCACAGCAGCAAACAAAUUUAGAUGUUGACGACAGAGCUGAGAAUGAUGAAAUGAAGAAGGAAGCAGUGAAGAAAUUGGCGCAGAUUAUUAAAGAUAAGGAUGUUGAGAUUGAGGCUCUCAACCAAAAGAAUGUAACUUUGUUGCAAGUCCUUCAGAACGAAUCAACAGAAUCGAUGAACAACGAGAUGAAGCGGUUGAUAUCGGAGAGAGAGGUCCAGCAGCAACACAUCAGCUCUCUUCAGCAACAGACAACAUCACUACGACAACAAGUCAACAUGUUGAGCAACAAUGUUGAGGAAAAAGUGGACGAGUGCAACAUUCUAAAAGUGGAUCUAUGUAAGGAGAAGAAUGCCUGCCUCGAGAUUAAGACUGAGUAUGUGUUUUUUGGUGUUUUGAAAAAAUUGGAAAGCCUGGACAGGUCCCACAAACUACUGACCAAUCAGCUCGAAGAUAAGGAGAGAAUGAUUUUAAAGCUUCUACGAGAAUUAUCUAAACUCAAGUCUCAAAACAAACAUCAUCAUCAUCAUCCUCAUCAUCCUAAUCAUCAUCACCAUCAGGGUGCUAUAAAGAAAAGUAGUCGCAACAAUAUUGACGACUAUGAUGAAUGUGAUGAUGACAACAACGACGAUGAUAAUGAUGAUAAACUUAAAAAUUCUGGUAAAGAUCAUAAUAAAAUUGACGAUGAUGAUAAAGAUGAUGAGGCUGAUGAUGACCGUAUUUCAGAAUGCUCUUUCACAAUAGGCGGUCUCGAUGAUGAUGAUGAUGAUAAUGAUAACGACGGCGAUGCCGAUGAUAACGACGAGAAAAAUGUCGUCGCCGGUGAUGGUUGUAGUAGUGGUGGUGGUAGUCGCGACAAUGGCGGUUUUGAGUUUCCAAGAAAGGGCAUAAAACAACAAAUAAAAAACCCGAAAAAUAUCCCGAAAAAAAAUCCAAAAACAUUCCUCAACGACAAAUACAUCAUCGCCGACAACUCUGACGUCACGGAGAGCGUAUUCGAGAAACUUCUACGUGAAAGGGAUCAAAUUUUGCAGGGGAAGGAGAGGAAGUUAUCGGAACUGAGAAACCAGGUCUUGUCACUGGAAUCAGAGAUAAUACAUCUGCGAUCCAAGCUGUCAUCUGCCGAUACAAACAUCAUGCAGAAGGAGAGCGAAUUAACUUAUGCCAAGAAACAACUCGAAACUGCAAACUCGAAACUGGGUCACGAACUUUUAAUUAGGUCGGAUCACGAGAAGGAACUAACUGAACUUAAUAAAAGAUAUGAAGAGAAACAGAAAGAGUUAUCAGAGCAGAAGCAAGCUAACAUGUUGCUAUCAACGAAACUCAACAACCACAACUACGAAAUUAGCGAGUUGAAACAUCAGAUCGGCAAACAUUCGCAACAAGAAAUAUCACUCCAAAAUGAAAUUCAACUUUUAAAAUCUCAACUUGCAACUACGGCCGCUACCACACCAGCAGCAGAAGCAACCACGCCAGCGGCAGCAGCAGUAGCAGCAGCUACAGCAACAGCAGCUACAGCAGCAGCAACUGCAUCGUCUCAGGAUUCGUCAACACUUGCCAGCGAUGUUGAUAGCAACAUUCCGACAACAACAUCGAAUAUCAUUCCAGAUCAGACUGCUUCGCCAUCAUUUCAACAAACAUCAUCAACGUCAAAUCUAUCAGAGGAAAUUGAGCGAUUGAAGAGAGAGAAAGAAAGUAGAGAGAGUGAGUUAGUGAGAGUGGUGAUGUUGAUGAAUCAGGAGAGAGACCAGCUGAUUCUUGCGUUGCAAUUUCAUCAGAAUGAAGCACUAGAACUUAAAAAUACGCUAAGCAGACUCCAAGAUAGAGAGAAGAAACUAAUGAAAGAAUGCGAUAGACUGAGAGAACACCUAUUGGAAAUGGAAGAAGGCUAUAAUAAAGAGAUGCUGGAUGCCGAGGCGAGGGAGAAGAUGUUGAGGAGUCAGCUGAUUGCUGCAGAGGACAAGAUUCAAUCGCUCAACCAGUCGGUCAUUACUGACAGAUCUGACUUAGCUAAGCAAACGGAAAGUCUACAGAACCAGCUACAUAGCAUGAUCGAGCAGCGAGAUAACGCUCUCAACCAGCUCAGCUCAGCUCAGGAAACCAUUAGCGGCUACUCCAGCUCACUAUCUAAUUUACAGAUGGUUCAGAUGGAAGACCACACAGAGGCCAUCAGGGCAGCCCAGAGAUUGAGUGAGCAGAUGAACAAGAAAGAGUACAUGAUAACCGCCUUGAGAGAGGAGGUACACAUGCGGGAGGUUGAAUUAAAGAAGACGGAAGAGGAAAUAAGAAAACUCAUCUCCAGCACCGAGGCCAAAGUCGAUAAGGUUCUGAUGAAGAGUCUUCUGAUUGGCUACUUCCACGCCCCGCCCACCAGUAGACUCGAAGCGUUCAGGGUCAUAGGGCACGUUCUGAACUUCACGAGUGAUGAAUUGAAAAAUCUGGAAAAUCCAGAACACGGGAACAAGAGUGGAUGGAUUGAAGGAAUUUUUGGAGGAAAGAAAUCAUCAUCAUCGGCAGCAGCAUCAUUAUCAUCAUCACAGAAAGCUUUUAACAAGUCGUUCUCUGAGUUAUUCGUUUCCUUUCUGGAGAGGGAGUCGACACCUCAAGCGAGUAUUCGUCUGCCCAUCGACGAUAUUCAUCCGCCGAACAGAACAUCAUCGUCGUCAUCAUCGUCAUCACCUUUUCCACAAUCAUCGUCAUCAAGACAGGCUCCUAUAAAUCCAUUCUCUAUGCCCAUUCCUCUGACGUCAUCGACGCCGAACAAAACGCACCCAAUCAUCGUCGGCCACAGCAGUCACCACCACCACCAACAGCUGCUGCAACAGCAGCAGCCAAUUUUACUUACAAACCAGCAGAUUGUGCCCCAAAUCGUGCCCCUUAUAAUUACGAAAUCAUCUCCCAGCAGUAGUACAGGUAGUAAUAAUUACCUUAUCAGCAGCUGCAACAGCAGCUGCAACAGCAGCAGCAGCAGUAGUAGUAUAACAACCAUCAAUAGUCUCAGUAGUACAAAUAUUACCAAAGAUAACAACAACAACAACAACAACAAUACAAAUAAUAAUAAUAUCAAUCUUAAUGCAAGCAAAAGCAGAACUGGAGCGUACUCUAGCAAUAGUUUAAUUAGCUUGUACGACGGCGCUAUAAGCAGUAGUGGUAGCAGUAGUAGUGGUAGUAGUGGUAAUAGUAGUAGUGGUGGUGGUAGUAACUAUGGUAGAAUUACUACAGAUAAAAAUACUUCUCAAUCUUUAAAAGAUAGCUUUGUUCCUAUUGUGAUUGCAGCCGCUGUAGCGGCUGCCAGUAAUACCACUAGUGGCAGCAGUAGUAGCGGCAGUAGUAAAAUUGGUAGUAUUGGUGGUAGUGGUAGUAGUUAUCGUAGGUGAAGUUCUGGUUUAGUAGAUGGUUAAAUAUUUAUAUGUAUAUUAUUUAAUGAAUAUGUAUGUAUUAAUGUUUAUAUAUUCAAUUGAAAUUAGUAUAUAUCGCAAUAUAUAUAUAUGUGUAUAUAUAUAUAUAUAUAUAUAUAUAUAUAUAUAUAUAUAUAUAUAUGAUAGUAUUUAACCACAGUUAUUCUCAUAAGAAAUUGUUAUAUUAACCAAUCUGUCUUAAUUUCAUUUCUGAGUUUCCAUUUUGACGAUUGAUAAAUUAGUUCAUUGAUUGAAUAGUUGGGUGAUUGGUUGGUUUUGGUUGGUUGAUUGAUUGAUUGACUGAAUGAUUGAUUGAUUGACUAAUUAAUUGAUUGUAUUGUGUGUUGAUUUUGUAAGCUAAUACAUGCUUGGAAAUAAAAUUUUAAAAUUUC